UUGGUUCAUGACGAUUCUUUGUGUGUCUUCCUUCCAGACUCUGUAGACAAUGGGAAGCAAAGGAGGGUUCACCCUGCUCGGGCUCUUGAUCAUCCUUUCUGUCCUCUAUGAUUCAGGUCAUAGCCUGCAGUGCUACAUCUGCCUCAACCCAGGUGGUGAGUGCACUGUCACCACCAACUGUACAGUUAAUUUUGAUGCAUGUCUCUACGUCAAAGCCGAGACACGAAAAUACUACCAGUGUUGGAAGUUUGAGAACUGCAACUACGAAUACCUCUCAAAAAACUUAGGAGAGAAAACUCUACAGUACGAAUGCUGCCAGAAGGACCUGUGUAACAGAAGCGGUGGGACGAGCAUAACGGGCACCAUGGCUCUGCUGGUGGCUCCGCUGCUCACAGCAUUCUGGAAACUUCUUAUCUAAAUCAAUACCAGGAGAGAGUCCCCUAACCCCCUGCUUCUGUGUAUUCCUUAUCUCCUUUGCUGCCACAAAAGCUUUCUAUUUUCUUACUGGAUCCUGUUGGGAGAGACCAAAACUAGCUUGAGCAACUUGGAUAAGAGAGAGGGAGAGACCUGGAAAACCAGUCCUGUCUGCAGAGAAGGCCCCUCUGAGGGAAGACGUUUAGGAGUGAAUCACAUGCCAUGACAACUAGGUUAGUUCCGUGCUGCCUCCUCUACUCGGUGCAGCAAUAGCUUGACUAGAUUCUCUGCAAUCGUCAGUUGUUUCCCCGCUUGUUCCUUGGAUGUAGGUACCAGUAUGAUCAGUGCUUUUGGGGGGCGGGGGGCGGUUGGAGCAGAGGGGUUCUUUUCACCAGUGUCUCUCACAGGGGAUGCUUUCAUCCCCUCCUUCUAUGGCCCCUGUGUUGCCAUGUAGGCAUGAGGAAUGUUCCAGAUGUGGGCUGUCAGGGGCAACGAGAUUCUAAAUGCAGAGUGAUUGGAAUGAGUGUUAUAUUCUCAACUCGAAGGUGUCUGGCAGAGUAGGAGGUAAGCUUUCCAGGUGGCAGGGCAUAGAGGCACCAGGUCUGCCCUUUAGAGAGGUACCAGUGGCUGAAAUCUGAAUUUUCUUCUUUUCCUAAAUUUUGUAUGGGCUUUGCUGUCUUUCCCUAAAAACAACUUAAACACGUCAGUUAAUGGUGUUUUAAAACUAUUCCCCUCCCCUUUUCAUUGGAGUGAUGACAUAUUUUCACUUUGUCACACAGUUCAAGACUAAAUAUUUGAACAUUCUUUGCGACAAGUGAUUUACAGUAUCGUGUUGCUUAUUUUGAGUAUUAUCAGUGGGAAAACCCUCGUGUGUGUGUAUUGGGAGAAUGCAAUGGGAACAUGUCACCUGGAACAGCAGCAGGCCCACAGGGAUGUUCUACCUGCUGGCACAAAGCCUGUUGACUGCUAGCUGACGGGGCACAGAUCAUGGAUGUUCGUUUGUAGAGGCUGUUAGCUCCUCACAAAUGCCAAGACUUUGAGAAGCUCUACCAGUUUCCUAAAGAGAGACCCCUUUUCAGGAGGCAGAGUUUUGCCUUUUGUGUGUGUGGGGGCUGGUGAAUAAUUCUCAAGAACUGGUAGACUUAAUAACACUUAUAUUCUUAUAACCUUGUCUGCUUUUAACAGCAUGGCCUGACUUGCUGAUGAAAGUGAGAUUUCUUGAUUAACAUUAAAAAAAAAUGCCUUGAUUAUGUAAUCUGUGUGAUAAAGCGGGAAUGAAUGAUGCCUUUUU